AUGCAUGGGGUGAUCAAGUUGAAGAAUCCAGCACCAGCUACGAUGGAACUGGGUUCAGCCUGGAGGGCGGUGGAGGAGAAGGAGAUGUUGCCGUUGUGGGAUGUAUGGAGAUCGAGUGAGCUGGCAGAGGCCAUUGGGGACCUCCUCACGAUCCCAUGCUGGAGGGAAUGCGAAAAAGUGCCAUCUAGCAUGGAAAGGUGGACUCAUUGUGGGAUGCAUCAGCUCUAUGCACAGCUGAUAAGAACUCACAUUGCACAGCUGAGUGCCCUGGUGCAACCACAGGGGGUAAUGUCAGUGACUGCAUUGGACCUUGCCCUUUCAUGGUCCAUCAACUUCCAGCACCCUCCUAGGUGGACCGCUGUGUUGAACGACAAACCCAAUGCGAUAUACAGCCAAGGGGCGAUCUUGGAGGUGAAUGUCAUAUCCAUACAAUCCCAACCUCCGCUCUGGGCUCCCGGAACUCCGAACCUGACUUCCGGAGUCUUACUUCCCUUCCGUCACCUCCUCCUUGCCGACUCCCAAGAGGUUAUCCCACCUCUGGCUCUGACACCUUCCAGACGAGUACGCAAAACCUAUGCUCCCGACUCCGGACCUCUGCUCCGGAAUCCCGUUUGCGUCUCCGUCUCCGGAACCUCCGGUCUUAGCUCCGACCUCGGACUUUGA